GAAAAAGAGAAUUUAAGUGCUUUGCUUAAAAGAUGUAAUUAACAAGUAGUAGACUUUAGAGAGACAAAAGGCCAUCAGUAUAAUGACAAAACUGUAACUCUUCGAUUGAUUCCCCAAAGUCAACGACUUCAUUCUUGUUCUUGUAAUAAAUUUUUAUCCGACUCGGAAAAAGAACCUGGAAGAGCACAAAAUCAGAUUGUAUUUCAUGAAUCCUGAUCGGAAACGACGGAUAGUAACGUAUCAAGGUUCCUUUGAGCCUGAUACGGUGCGUUUUAACCCAACCACACCCGUUUGAGCCGUUCAUCAUCCAAAUCUCCAUGUUUGGUUCAAGUGAGUUGUAGUUUAUUACAAAGAGUUUCCCUCUGAUGCCACAUAAGCUAAAGUCGUGAUUAGGAUUAUCUUCAAAACAUGGUGGUGGAGGCAGAACAUAGAACUUCUCUCGUUCUAGAGAGAAAGACACGAUCUUUGGAACAUCUUUUGUUGUCCAGUAUACGAAUCCAUCAGCUUGAACUGGAGGAUAUGGUUGUAGAAGAUUGGGUAAUAAGGAAGGAAAAAUCUGAUGAUUUUGUAUUGGUCAAAGAGAAAGUGUUCCUUGUCAGACACGAAACAGAGAAGCUGAUGGUUAGAAGAGAAAACUCUGACUCUGUCUCCAAGGAAGCGUUUUGUGAUGGUUUUCUGUGUUUGGUCAUGGUUGGGUUUGGUGAAGAGGAAGAGUUUGAGCUCUACGGUGAGGGAUGA